AUGCGUCUCUCAUUAAGUCGAUUAGGUAUGACCUGGGGUAGAAUUGGUCAACAACGUGGCAAAGUUGAAUAUACUCUUUCAGCAUAUGAACAAAAUCCAUAUGCUGGUGUUUUUGGUGAUGUUUCAUAUCGUUAUUAUUCUCGACUUUUUAAGACACUUUUCACAAUAUGGGUGCCAAAUAUCUUACUCGGAUACGGAGUUUUUACAUGGGCUAAUUGGGAAUAUACUCGAUGUCAGCGAAAAUUACCAAGUCAAUUUGCUGAUGAAAAACCACCAGAAAAUGAAGCCCAUGAUUUCUAUCAAUUAACUAAUUCAACAACUGAUUUUAAGUCACGUUCAAGUGAUGUAUUUGAUAAAUUAGCAAAUCUUGAAAAACAACAUGAUGUACAGAAAAAAACUCAAAAUCCUAUAUGUAUAAUUGAUGAUGAAACUCCUUCAACAUCCCAACAAAAUCCAAUAAUUCCAAGCAAUGCAAUUACAUUUAAAAAACGUCCAGCUGAUGAUAGUUUUACUCGUCCAAUGGAUAAAUGGAAAAAAUAUGAUUUAGAUGAUGUGAAUGAACAUCAUUUAGGUGGUAUGGGUAAUCAACAUGCAUUAAAUGAUUUUCUUCGUACACGAGUGAAACCAUCAAUUACAAAAGAAACUAAAAAAGAAGAUGAAGAAGAAGAUAAUCAAGCAAUACCUAUUUUUCGACGUCCUGCAAAGAAACCAAUUCUAGCAAAUGAAGAUGAAGAAGAUAAUCGAUUUAUACCUAUACGAGCACCUUUACCUCCAACUACAACUGAACCAAAAAUUGAAAAUGAUGAUAAUGAAGAAGUUGCAUAUAAACUAAAAUCUAUACGUAAAAAACCUCGUGGUGUUGCUUUAAGCACAAACGACAAAAAAUCUAUUAAAACUCCAAUUGAAAAUUCUGAAGAGAAAGAUGCUACUCCUCUCGAUGAUAAUGAAGAAGAAGACAUUGAUGAUGAACUUUUUGAACCUUAA